GUUUCUUUCCAAAAUACGGUUCUUUCGUCUUCUUCCUCCUUGCGUGCUCUCCCGCUCAAUUGUUCUCCCUCCAAAUUCUCCGGCAAGAACUUCCCAAAUUGUCAGUCUCUCGUUAGAAGGUUAGCCACUUCGUGACCGGUUUCCAAUUCAUACCUUCCAAAAAGGGUGUUUGCCAGGGCGAUUAUAAUCGGUGAUAUUUGUUAACUAACGAACUGCUCAACUUUUCCAGGAUGGUUAUCAAGGGACAAAGUGGUAGCAGCAGCAAACCUAGGGAAAAACGCGUGGAAGUUGCUCGGAAUAGUAAGCUAAAGGGCAAAGACCCUGUCGUCGAUGAAGAAAUGGAAGAAGAUGAGGAAGGGCGAUCGCUGUCUGGGGAUGACAGUGAAGAAUCUGUUUUUGACGGGGAUGCAUAUGAAGAUGUUGAAGAUGAUGAAUAUGAGGAUGAGAUAUAUGAGGACGAAGAAUUCGAGGAUGAAUUAUGCCAGAGAACAGUGAAACGUGCGCCAAAGAAAAGGCAAUCUGCUAAAAGCAGGAGGGUUAUUUCAUACGAUGAAGUAGAGGAGGAAGAAGAUAUAGAAGACGAAGACGGUGAAUAUAUGGAUGGUGGGUAUGAAGAUGAAGGAGAGGAUGUUGUUGUUCGCGUUCAGAAAAGAGGGAAGAGUUGGAAGGAGGUCGGGCAGAAUGCUUUGAAGAAGAAGGCACAUCUGCAGAUGAUGCGGAAGAGGCGUAGAGAGGAUUAUGAUGAUGUUGACGAGGGAAGGAGACCUGUGAAGAAGACGGUACUUCCUGCGAUGAAGCAGAUGGGUAGGAAGUUUGAUGAAACAGGGGUAGCAAAAGGAAAGCCCCCUGCAAAACAGAAGGCAAUCAGAGGGAAUAACAGGAGGAUGUUUGUGCGGGUACCGAUUCCCAAACAUCCUCUGUCUAAGGGUGAGUAUGCGAAGUUUCACGGCGUGGUAGUUGCUACUCAGCGGGCUAAUUGUGGCCGGAAGCAACCAAGCGUUAUCUGUCGCACGGAUGCAUUUUCUAAGAUUAUUGCUGCUUUUGAUGAGUCAAGGAGAAGUUGCGUUAGGAAAAUGGGUUUCGGGGGGAUGUUGGAUUUGAAAAUAUCCAAGCUACCUAGGCAGCUGUGCUACUGGCUGAUGUCCCGGUUGGAUGAGGGUAACAGUUACCUUGUUGGAGGGGACGGCCAUGUGUUGCCGAUAACUGCUUCCCAUUGGGAAUAUGUAUUCGGAUUCCAGAACAGCGGUCUUCCGGUGCCAGUGAAGGAGUCUGAUCUUCCUCCAGGCACCCUUAAAGCGAUGGCCCUCAAGUAUGGUGAAAAGAAUACAUCAACCUCAAAGAGCACAAUAAUCAUAGCCAAAUCUGUAAAGGAAUUGGCAGGGCCGGUUGACGGUGAAGGAAAGAUAAAGCCCCUGGCUAAUCAGCGUGAUAGGGCCUCGUUCAUGGAAAAUUUCAUGAUUGUGUUGCUGGGGCAGAUUUUAUGUCCUUCUACCGAUGGGGGUAACAUGUCUUUAAAAUUGCUAGGUGCAGUUUCCGUGGCAAAGAAUGCAUCACUGUACAAUUGGUGUGAGUUUUGUCACACAUGGCUUUUAGACUACGGAGACGCCUGUCAGCGGAAGAUAGACCAUCAGGGGUAUGCCGCUGGGACUGGUGGUUGUGUGUUGUUUUUGCUGAUUUUCUACCUAGACCAUUUAUGCAGGCAUCCUGUGAGAUGGGAUGAGUUUCCCAGGAUCAAAGUCUGGACACAGGAGGAAGUGGAUGAGGCCAAGAAUCGGGAUAGGAAAGCGAGUGAAGAUUAUGGAAGGAUUACGACUGUUGAUGUUGUGUACGGGGAUCCUCAUCCCCUUUACGGCAGGGAGGAUAGACGGUCUCCCGCAGUAGAGGUUGCUGAGAUGGUAGCACAGAUGACUUCUUCAGAAUGGAGACGCACCCUAGCUCAGGAGGUCACAGAGAUGGUUAUGGGGCAGCUUGCUCCAUUAUUGCAAGAUCGUCGGGGCGUAUCCCGUGAAAGAGGAAUGAGGUCAUAUCAUGCUACCGAUCAUUUGACGAUAGAUGUUGAUGGUGUGGCUAUGCCGUUGGACCAGUCUGUGAAUAAGGUGCUUACAGAGUUGGAUGCCGAUGACGAUUCCGAUGUGGAGUUGCAACCGUCUGAUGGGGGACGUGUAUUUGUGGGCCCUCAUGUGAGUGUGCCAGUUAUGAAUCCCCUAGACCCGGUCAGCCACGGUGAUGUACCUUUGGUCCACACUGCUGAUGAUGUUGGUGUAGUAGCAACUGACCCAGAAACAAGCAAGCACCCGGUCGACCAGACACAAUAG